AUGGUCGACGCGCUCGAUCAGGCGCCGGAUGGCCUCAUCGGGGGCUACCACGGUAACAGCCUGACCGUGCGCAUCUUGAUGAUCGUCUUUUCCUCAAUCGCGCUGUACAAUGCGAUCGAGUUGUUUAUUCUAUUGUUUCUCACCUUCCAAUCCUAUCGCGGCCUUUAUUUCUGGACUAUGCUUCUGUCCGUCGUCCUCGGUGUCAUUCCCCACUCGAUUGGCUACAUCCUGGAGUUCUUCUCCUUGGCUCCGCUCUGGGUGUCCUUGACCAUAUCAACCAUUGGAUUCUAUGUCAUGGUACCGGGACAGUCGGUUGUUCUGUAUUCGCGUCUGCAUUUGGUCGUGCAGAGCCGACGAAUCUUGCGCUUUGUGCUUUGGCUCAUCAUUGUCGACGCGGUCAUUCUCCUCAUCCCCACCACCAUCCUGACCUUCUCCACCGCCUACAUCCAGACCGAUCCGUUUAUCCGGGGAUACAAUGUGAUGGAGCGCUUGCAACUGGCCUGGUUCUGUUGCCAGGAAUUUGUCAUCUCUGGAAUUUACAUCUAUGAGACGGUCAAAUUACUUCAACUCAUGCCGGACAAAGACCAGCGUCGGACGAGAAUCAUGUAUGAGCUGCUGGCAAUAAACUUUGUCAUAAUAUUGCUGGACGUUGGCCUUUUGGUAGUCGAGUAUAUUGGUUUCUACUCGCUGCAGACGACUUUGAAACCCAUGGUGUACAGCAUUAAACUGAAACUGGAGUUUGGCGUCCUUGGCAAACUCGUCUCUCUGGUCCACACAUCCCGGUCGGCACCGACUUCUGCCGAACAAGAUGAAUAUCCGCAAUUCGUGGACCCGAGUCAGCUUACCUCUGACGUUACGCACGCUGCACCUGUAGAUCGCGUCCCGCGCGGGAUGUCGGCAUGGAAUACUAUCUCCAUGGAAAGCUUGCCGAUGUCCGAGCAACGAAUCCGUCCAUCCACGCGAUCCAGAAUUUCCAGCGAAAGUACCUAUCCAUCUUGA